UGUAAGCAUUACAGGAGGAGGUGUGAGAUUAAAUCUCCAUGCUGCGGAAGGUUCUUUACCUGCCACAAUUGCCAUGAUGAACAGAUGGAAGGGAUGGGGCGGUACAAUGUUACUGUCAUACGAUGUAAGGUCUGCAAUCUAGAGCAGGACGUUGGUCCUGUCUGUGCAGGUUGUGGAGUAGAGUUUGCUGAGUACUUCUGUAAGAUGUGCAAACUGUUUUCGAAACCUACAAAUCAGGGUAUAUACCAUUGCAACGGUUGUGGAAUCUGCAGGGUUGGUCAAGGCAUCGGGAUAUCUCAUUUUCACUGCGAUACUUGCAAAGCUUGUUACACGCUGGAAUCCAGACAAGGGCACAAGUGUGUUGAGCGAGCACUCGACUCCGAUUGCCCAGUCUGUAUGCAAUACUUGUUCACGUCUGCGAAGCCUCUCUUUGUUGGGCCACAAUGUGGGCAUGCGCUGCAUCAAACUUGCUUCAAAGAGUUGUUGCAGGCCGGAACCUUCAAAUGCCCUACAUGUAGCAAGCCGAUGUUUGAAGAAAAAGUGAUCAAGAAGAUACAGAAGGUCAGUCUGAUUCUCUAG